AUGUCUAAAUCUAAAUACUGUGUUGAUUCUGUUUUCUAUUCUGCUAAAUAUGCAAACAGGGCUGGAGUGAUAUCCUCUAUCCCAGCUGGACGCUUCCAUAACACCACAUUCAGAGAUAACAAAGUGGGCCGCUAUGUUAAUAUUUUGCUGCCCGGGUCCGGCAGGCUUUUGACACUUUGUGAAGUGGAGGUGUAUGGCUACCUAGAAUCAGAUAAGCAUGUGGCUUUGAGGGGGGUGGCUACACAGUCAAGCCUUUUUGGGCAUGGAUUUGCCUUAAAUGCCAUUGAUGGGAAUCGUGAAGCCAAUUACCACCACGGCUCCUGUACUCACACAGCCAAACAAAUCAGCCCCUGGUGGAGACUGGAUCUGCUACAAAACCAUGAGGUGUUCUCUGUGACCAUCACCAACAGAGGGGACCAGUCCCCUGAGCGGCUGAAUGGAGCAGAAAUCCGAAUUGGAACUCGCUUAGACAACGAUGGCAUUGGUGAGAAAAGGUGUGCUGUGAUUUCCUCUAUUCCACCUGGGGCUUCCCGGUCCUUUGUGUGUAAUGGGAUGAUCGGUCGCUAUGUUAUCGUGGUGAUUCCUAGACGUGCAGACUAUCUUGCACUCUGUGAGGUGGAGGUAUUUGGAUCACCGCUUUACUAAAGCCCAGGGAAACAGCACAGGAGGACCAAAGCCAUCUGUACACCAAUAUUCCUGUAGCUGUAUAUUUUGGCAAUACAGUUUAUAUCUCUCUGUCACAUGAAAUUCCUUAGCAAUUUUUGGGUGUCUGAUUAACAAAGUGAAGGUGAUGCCUAUCUCUCUGCCUCUCUCUCUGCCUCUCUCUCUCUCUCUCUCUCUCUCUCUCUCUUACCUGUAGGUACAUAGUCUGAGUAAGAGUAAUGAUAAAUAAUGAUUUCCAUUUCUCCAGGGAUGUUGGAUAUUUCAUAUUG